CACCACCUGAGAUAUGAAGAUCUUACUUUUCGUAAUUUCGACCUUGGUGAGUCAAAGCCUCGCAGGAGUUCUGUACCACAGACAGCACGCAGCGGCCGUCCAGGCGGGCCAUCAUCCUUUGUCAGGAAGAGGAAACGAAGAUUAUCACUAUUCCAACAAUCAGAUCUUCGGAAGCGGCCUCUUCGGCUACGACGAACCCGACGAGUCGGUAAGGGUCAUCAAGAUCACAAGGACAUACGCCGUUCCGGUCCCGGUCCCGGUUCCGUAUCCGAAGGAAGUUCCCAUCCCUGUCGCCGUACCGAAACCCGUCCCGGUACCCGUACCGCAUCCGGUACCUGUCCCGGUCCACAAGGCUAUUGUAAUCCCUCAUCCUGUCGCAGUGCCCGUACCCAUAGAUCAUCUCUCUCCUCCUUCGGAGGACCAGGAUUCCCAUUACCAAGAUUUGCAGCAAUACCCGACGCAAACCGGCUCAAGUUAUUCCCAACGAGACGAGCAGUACCACCAACAUUAAUAAUUUUUAAAAGGUAAAUCAUUUCAUUUGAAAGGGUUAUAAUAAAAUUAAAACCCAGUGGCUGUAAAUUCUAAACAUAGCAAGACGGAUUAAGUACGAAAUAUAGUCCAAUUCGAAGUCAGUUUCAGGGUAGAAUUAUCCAGAAUAUCUGACUUUAUAUAAACAAAAUUACCUUCUAAGAAAACUAAAAGAACUUUGUGUACGUUUGCCAGAAAACGCAACUUAUUGUUGGAUCUAGUCCAAACUAUUUUCUUCAGUAUUACGUAAAUAUAAUGUUUUUUAAUGGAUU